UAAACAACAAAGGUCUUGGAUAAGAAGGGAGAGGAGGGGAACACACCUCCAAAAUGAGUCUACGUGAAGAGAGAGAGGUGGAGAAUAAAGAUGAUGAUGAUCAGAGCCAGAUAACCAGAUCAUCAUCUCUAGAAUCAAGAACUGCCAGGAUGAAAAGAUUUAUACCAGCAUCUCCAGAACCCAGCUUUGUGUCAUUGAAGAGUGAUAACUCCAUGCAACAUCCCCCAGUACUCGGUAAUGGAGGAGUGACCUCUGACCUCAGAACUGCCAGGAUGAAAAGAUUUAUACCAGCAUCUCCAGAACCCAGCUUUGUGUCAUUGAAGAGUGAUAACUCCAUGCAACAUCCCCCAGUACUCGGUGAUGGAGGAGUGACCUCUGACCUCAGUGAGGAGAUGCGUUCCAGUCUGAACUACACUGAUUCCUCCUGUCAGACUCACAUCAGACAUCACAAAACUGAAUCAGACCUACAAACGUCAACACUGAUGGAGGAGACUGAAGGCCUUCAUCAGGAUUUAUGUGAAGUUCUGCAGAGAGUCAAAGACCAACACAAAACUACCAUAAAGAACAAAUAUGAGAGUUUAUUUGAGGGGAUUAAACUCCAAGAGAAUCAGACCCUCCUGAAGAGGAUUUACACACAACUGUACCUCAUAGAGGGUGAGAGAGAAGGAGUGAAUGAAGAACAUGAGGUUUUACACAUGGAGAAAAACACCAGAACACAACACUUACAAGACACAACAAUCUACUGCAAUGACAUCUUUAAACGCUUACCUGAACCAGAAUAUAAAACAGAGAAAAGAAAAGAGAGGAAAGACAAAAUCAAGAGCGUUCUUACUAAAGGCAUCGCUGGAAUUGGAAAAACCGUCUCUGUACAGAAGUUCAUUCUGGAUUGGGCCGAGGGAACGGCCAAUCAGGAUGUAGAUUUCAUGUUUGUGCUUCCAUUUCGAGAGCUGAACUUGAUUCAAGAUGAUCAGUACAGUCUUCACAAACUUCUGCUUGACUUUCAUCCUGAACUUCAAGAUCUGGACUCAAAGAUUUAUGAUGAGUGUAAAGUUGUGUUCAUCUUUGAUGGUCUGGAUGAAAACAGAAUGACACUGAUGUUUACAGAAGCUGAGAAAGUUUCUGAGGUGACUGAGACUUCAUCAGUGCCUGUGUUGAUAUCAAAACUCAUAAAAGGAGAUCUGCUUCCCUCUGCUCUCAUCUGGAUCACCUCCAGACCAGCAGCAGCCAGUCAGAUCCCAUCUAAAUACAUCAACCGUUUGACAGAAAUCCAAGGAUUCAAUGAUGCUCAGAAGGAGGAAUAUUUCAGGAAGAGAAUCAGUGAUGAACAUCAAGCCAGCAGAAUCAUCUCACACGUCAGAAGAUCAAGAAGUCUCCACAUCAUGUGUCACAUACCAGUCUUCUGUUGGAUCUCAUCCACUAUUCUUCAAAACAUCCUGAAACAAGACAAUGAGAGAACAGAAAUCCCUAAAACUCUGACUGAAAUGUACAUCCACUUCCUGCUGAUUCAGAUGAAUAUGAAGAAUGAGAAGUAUGAUGAGAGAGAUCCAGAGAAACUCCUGCAGUCCAACAGAGAAGUGAUUGUCAAACUGUCUGAACUGGCUUUCAAACAGCUGAUGAAGGGUAAUGUGAUGUUUUAUGAAGAGGAGCUGAGAGAGUCUGGCAUAGACAUCACUGACGCCUCAGUGUAUUCUGGGAUUUGUACUGAGAUCUUUAAGGAGGAAUCUGGGAUAUAUCAGAGGAAAAUCUACUGCUUCAUACAUCUCAGCUUUCAGGAGUUUCUGGCUGCUGUCUAUGUUUUGUACAACCAUAUGUCCACUACUAUGAAGGCAGUGAUUUUUUUUGAACUACAUGAUUUGCUUAAAUGUGCAGUAGAUAAAGCUCUUGAAAGUGAAACUGGACAUCUGGAUCUUUUUUUACGAUUUCUGAUGGGCAUCUCACUGGACUCCAAUCAGAGACUCUUAAAGGAUCUACUGACACACACGGUGGAAACCUCAGAAACCAUCAGUGAAAUCACACAGUACAUUAAAGAUAAAGUCAAGCAUAAUGAAGAUCUCACAGCUGACAGAUCCAUCAAUCUGUUUCUGUGUCUUCUUGAAGUGAAUGAUCAGACUCUGUACAGACAGAUUGACGAGUUUGUGAGAUCAGACAAACACUCAGAGAAGAAACUCUCUGCUGCUCACUGUUCAGCAAUAGCCUACAUGCUUCAGAUGUCAGAGGAGGUGCUGGAUGAGCUAAAUCUGAAGAAAUACAACACAACAGAGGAGGGGAGAAGAAGACUCAUACCAGCUGUCAGCAACUGCACAAGAGCUAGACUUGCUGACUGUAAUCUCACGGUUGAGUCCUGUAAAAUGUUGUCUUCAUGUCUCCAAUCAUCAAAUUCACCUGUGAGAGAUCUGGACCUGAGUAACAAUGACCUGCAGGAUUCAGGAGUGAAGCUCAUCUCUGAUGCUCUCAAGAGUCCAGACUGUAAACUACACACACUGAGAUUAUCAGGUUGUAUGGUGACAGAUGAAGGUUGUUGUUAUUUGGCUUCAGCUCUGAGUUCAAACCCAUCAUCACACCUGAGAGAGCUGGAUCUGAGCUACAAUCACCCACAACACUCAGGACGCCAGAUGCUCUCUCAGAUACUCAAUGAUACAAACUACGCACUCAACAAACUCAAUUUAGAACAUGGAGGAUUUUUCAGGAUCACAUCAGGAAUACAAAAAUGGGUUUGUGAUCUCACUCUGGAUCCAAACACAGUAAACACUCAACUCAUGCUGUCUGAGGACAACAAGAAGGUCACAUGUGUGAAAGAUCCUCAGCCGUAUCCUGAUCAUCCAGACAGAUUUGAAGGUAUCACUCAGGUCCUGUGUAAAGAGAGUCUGACUGGACGCUGUUACUGGGAGUUUGACUGGACUGGACCUGCUGAUGUAUCUGUUACAUAUAAAAGCAUCAGUAGGAAAGGAGGGGGAGAUGACUGUAGAUUUGGAUGGAACGACAUCUCCUGGAGUCUCUUUUGUACUGCUGAUAUAUUCAGUGCAUGGCACAAUACUAAGAAUGUGGGAAUACCUGCUCCUUCAACUCCAUCUAAUAGAGUAGGAGUUUAUCUGGACUGGUCAGCGGGCACUCUGUCCUUCUACAGCGUCUCUGAUACACAAACACUCACACACUUACACACAUUCUACAAAACAUUCACUCAACCUCUAUAUGCUGCUAUUAGAGUAUAUGACGACGCUGUGUCUUUGAGUCAGAUUGAACAACAACAACCUGUGCGAAAUAACUAAAACCCAUACUAUCCAACAUUCUGCCAAGCUACAUUUGAUCAUUUGAUACAUACCUUUCUAUACAGUCAGGCCUAUCUCUCAGAGCUUUUUUACACUGGGCUUGCUUGCUGCGGUCCAAACCAGAGUUCGAUUAUUCUUGGCGCUUUUACAGAGUUGGUCUGGUUUCACACUCACUCAAUUUUAUCAAACCUCAGUACACUUACAUUAAUCUCACAUAAUCACCAAUGUGCACGUACAAGAGAAUGUACAACACAAUGUGACUCAGUUGUAUUGCGAGAAUAUGAGAUGGCAUACGCACCCAAUGGUUUAAAAAUAACUUGACAGCUAUCAUUUCCUUGCGCAUCGGUGUGCAUUGGUUGCAUACUCAUUGCAUACUCAACUAUAUGAACUAUAAUAGUGGACUAACAAAGGGAGUAGUGAAUAAAGGUAUAGGAGGCUAUUUUGGACACAGUCAUCCUCUAACAAAAGCAAUUUAGGGCACCAGUGGUGCGCUCGGUUCUUUUUGUCAUAAAUCUGCCAUCAUAGUAAUUAUUAUGAGAUUAAAGGAGGCACUUCUUUGUUUCUUCUGGUUGGAUCGAGUUACUGAAUUAUUAAAAACAUGAAAGAAUGUAAGAGAAGUGAAAGCAUCCAAAGAGACGCCAUCACAAAAUUUAAACCAAAACAAAUCUUAAGUUCUCAAGUUCCUAAGUUUGCCAUAGUACAGACAGCUUUUUUAAUUUCAAACCUGAUUAGUUUAUUCCGCUUAUCACUGUAAAAAGAAUACUGUGAAAUAUACUUGCUGUCUACUUUACAGUAAACUAACUGUAGUUGUAAUCAGUUAAAAUUCUAUUUUGUAAUUUUAAUUACAGAAAUAAUCACAGUACUGUUAUUGAAAUUAGAGUAAUAGAAUGCUGUAUUUUUAACACAGCAAAUAUUAUACUUCUGUAAUGAGCAUUACUGCUUUAAUUGUGUGCACUGUAAAAGGAAGAUCACACUGUUUUGCCACAAAAUAACAUAUGCAACUGGUGCCGGCAAAAUGAGUCAGAAUGAGCCCUUUUUUUUAUUAGUUAUUUAUAUUUUUUGAUAUUCUGUAAUAAUAAACUUCUAAAUUAUGUAUGGGAAUCUGGCAAAAAAAAUCCAGAGCUACAUGUAUUUAAAGUUGACAGUCAGCAACGUGAGUUUUGAGAAAAAUCCAGCUAAAGAUUUUUGAGGGUUCAAAAGCAACAUCACUGCAUCCAUACCUUAAAGCUGCGGUCGGCAACUUAUUUGAUCAUAUUUUUUGAUCAUAUUCACUGAAACCAACACUAUUCUCCGAUAGAACAACAUAAAUUAGACUGUUUAAGAAAAAACCCAGUGCUUCUAGCUCCACCUAGAGGCUGUUAUUUGUUUUGCAAAAAUCCACCGCUCCCGGUUCAUUUGGUCCAACCAGCGCAGGCCUGUUUCAUUUGGUCCAAUCAGCGCAGGGCUGUUUAAAAUCUGCCUGUCAAUCACAGUACCUGCACGCGCCACAGAUCCCCCUUCCACUCGCGCGCGUUACAAUAUCACGUGCAUCCGCCUGAAGUUCAUAGGUGUUUUGGUUUGAAUGCAGCGUGAUGGCGGAGAGAACAUUCACUAACAAACUUCCGAUUCCUCUGUUAACAACCAGAGCUAGGAAAACAACCAAUGAAAAGAAGAAAAAAAAGAUAGAAAGCGACCGUGACCGUAAUAAAACUAGGAUCAAUAUCGGACCAGCAUUUGAAAGGUGAAGGAAUCUACGAGAUUUUCAAGGGUUCAAGCUAGAUGUAGAGCUUGCCACAUUUCUUCUCAACAGGUAAUUGUGCUUUAUCAACCAUUGAUUGUGUUUCGGAGUGUUAUGUAAGUAAUCUAAGUGUUCUUGCUAAGUAUGCGUUCACAAUAAUACUGGUGCACACGCACUGACGAGAACGAGCUCGUGGGAGGUUGCUCGGAGGAAGUGGGGGAGGGACAUGAAAUUGUAAACAUUUGGAAACUGCUCAAUCCUCCAGAGUUGCCGACGGCAGCUUUAAAAUUACUGGUAAAACUAAUCCCAGAUAGCAAUUACAUUUGGCCCGGAUCUGUUUUAGGCCCCUUGCCUCUGUUUCUAUCUUAGAGACGUUUUCUGAUUGUGAACCAGAUCCAUGCCAGAUAGAGGUUUCAGCUUAAACAUCUAACUGCCAUCAGUUCAGUAUUUAUAUCAUUUUACAGAUCUGGCCCAGAUCACUUUUCUCAUAGGUAACCGAAAGACUGUGUCUGACACUGAUUUGGUCCAGAUCUGCAAUACGAAUCUGAGCCGAUACUGACGAUCAGGCGGUGCUGGAUUGGCGCUGGCACAUACCCGCAACCAGAGGUGUAAAAUCCAUGUGCCAGGAGUAAAAGUCCU